AUGACAUACACAGAGGAAUUAUCCAAUCUGCAACAAAGCAUCACUGGCAUCACAACCAAGCUUGAUACGCUUAUUACAACCAUAAACAAUAACCAUGUUCACGAUGAAGAAGCGCGUGAACGAAAGAAAGCUGAAGAGAAACAAUUGCGUGAGGAAGAUCGUGCUGAUAGAAAGGCAGAUUUAUCUGAACAUGCUACAGAGCUGUCAACUACUCUAGCUACUGAGAUUACAAUAGCUUUAACUGCAACCUUAGGCACUACUCUACGAGAAGUAUUUAGGGAAUAUCUUCCUCAUACUAACAAUCGUCAUGGUGCUGCACCUCCACCACCUCCCCCGCUGUUUCCCACUUUUAAUGGUGAUGAUCCAGAUAGUUGGAUUUUCAGUGCAGAUCAAUAUUUUAGUUUACAUGUGGUGGCUGAUAAUCUCAAGCUAGCCAUUGCUUCUGCACAUCUGAAGGAUGCUCGCAUGGAAAUCAGCACAAUUAAGCAGACAGGUACGGUCCGUGAGCACAUUCCUAAGUUUGAAAGGUUGUUGAAUUUCGUGACAGAUCUACCUGAGGAUCACUUGAUCAAUUGUUUUAUUCAUUCCCUUAAACCGGAAAUUGGUCCCAUGGUUAAGUUACUUGAACCUCAGACUUUGACUGCGGCUUUCACAAAAGCAAUUAAUCAGGAAGAUGCUUUGUUAGCCAACAAUUCCAAACCAAAUCCUUAUCGUCCUACACCACUAAGGAAUCAAUCACCUGCCACUUAUGCUAUUCCAUUAAGGAAACCAAAUCUACCAGCUGGAGCUAAGAGGCUUACAUGGGAAGAACAGAAAGAAAAACGUGAAAAAGGAGAGUGUUUCAAUUGUGAUAAAUUAUUCACUCUUGGACAUCUGUGUUUGAAGCCACAAUUGCUAUUGUUAGAAGGUUCUCCAGAUGCAGAUGCUAAUCAGCAAGAUACUGAAAUUGUCAAAGAACCAGCAACUGAGUUUGAAGAAACACCGACACUUUCUUUUCAUUCACUAAUGGGUUCUCCUUAUCCCAGAACAAUGCGCAUCUCAGGCUUCACCAAAGAUGCUGCCUUGCGUGUGACAAUUGGUGAUGGUGGUCAUCUAAGUACUCAGGGUUUUUGCCCAAAUAUUCCACUUAAAUUUCAGAACUAUGAAUUUAAUGCUGAUUUUCAUCUUUUACCAAUUAGUGGAUGUGAUGAUGUGCUAGGCAUUCAAUGGCUACGCACUUUAGGUGUAAUUUCUUGGGAUUUUACAGCUUUGACUAUGCAGUUUCACAUUAAUGGUUCUGAUAUUACUUUGGUAGGCAACGAUUCUUCCACAGUAAUGAUGUUAUACAGUUCUUCAAUGCAACGCUUAUUGAAUAGAGAGCAUUAUGGGAUUUUGUUCCAAUUAAGUACAUUAAAGGAUAGUUCUUCUCCAACUGUUUCUGUCUUGGAACCUGAAAUUCAGCAACUAAUAUCUACAUAUUCAGAUAUCUUUGAGACACUUGUUUCAUUGCCUCCUUCACGACAACAUGAACACCAUAUUCCAUUACUACUAGAUUAUUCGCCUGUCAAUGUUCGUCCUUAUCGUUAUCCACACUUUCAGAAGAACGAAAUUGAGAAGGAGAGUUCAAGUCCUUUCUCUUCUCCAAUCUUGAUGGUUAGAAAGAAAGAUGGCACAUGGCGUAUGUGUGUAGAUUAUCGUGCACUAAAUAAGAUAACAAUUAAGGAUCGUUUUCCAAUUCAUAUGGUCGGCGAACUCAUGGAUGAGUUACAUGGUGCUUGUGUUUUUACCAAGUUGGACUUACGUUCUGGUUAUUAUCAAAUCCGAUUGUUUGGCCCUGAUAUUCACAAGACUUCUUUUCGAACACACGAUGGUCAUUACGAGUUUCUUGUUAUGCCAAUUGGUCUUUCAAAUGCACCAGCCACUUUUCAAAGCUUGAUGAACCACAUAUUCAAGCCUUAUUUAAGCAGGUUUGUGCUUGUGUUCUUUGAUGAUAUUUUAAUCUUUAUCAAGACUAUUUAUGAGCAUGUUGAACAUUUGCAAGCUGUCAUUGAGAUUUUACGUUCUCAUAAGUUAUUUGUGAAGGAAACAAAGUGUAAUUUUGCUCAGCCUUCUGUGGGGUAUUUAGGCCAUGUUAUUUCAUCUGAAGGUGUAUCAGUGCAAGAUUAUAAAAUCAAGAGUAUUCUUUCUUGGCGUAUUCCUAGUUUAAUUAAAGAACUUCAAGCAUUCUUGGGCCUUGUUGGCUAUUAUCGCAAGUUUGUCAAAAAAUUUGACAUCAUUAGUCAUCCUUUAACUCAACUAUUGAAGAAAGAUGAUUUUAUUUGGACUGAUGCUGCUACUUCGUCAUUCAAACAACUGCAACAUGCUCUCACUACUACUCCAGUAUUAAUUUGCCAGAUUUCAGCAAAGAAUUUUAUUUAG